CGUGAGGAAUGGAAACUGAGAUGCCGGUUUUAUUUCGGGUCAGCGGUGCCAGAGUUUUCGCGAAUGGCGCGCAAGAGCGGCUGAAUUUUGCAUGUGGUGACUUAAACAACCGCCUUCAUGCCUACAUAUGAAGGUGCAAUAUGUGUAUAUUCACCAUAGUUUCGUCAAUAUCACUUCAGUUCACAAAUGACACCGGGCGCACGAAGUCGGACUUAAACGGGUUCAGUCAGCCAAAAGUAAAAGUUACCUGCCCGCGUGUCAGAGCAAUUGUGCGAUAAUGAACGUAAUUACGCUUUUGCUGAAGACUUUGGUUGUGCUCGGAUUUGCCGUGCUAUUGGGACCAGGAAGGGUGGCUGCCUACGAUCCCAAUGAUCCGAAGAUAGCCGAGUGCUGCCUGCCUCCAGAUGGGAUGUUCGAGGCCUUUUAUCCCCGCGAGGUGGAGGGAAUCCCCAAUAGCGCCUCGCGACCCGCACACGGGCAUGGCAGCUUCUUCAAGCACCGGAACCCAGCGCUGGUGGACACCAAGAACGCGGCGGCCUAUGGCUAUAGGUUCGAUGGCAAGAGACGUUUCAACUUCGAUUAGUUCUGGCCACAAAUCUGUAAUCUGUAAUAUUGGCAAAUAAAGUCCCUUUCUGAAAACUUUAAAAAA